CACCGAAGAGCACGUGCAUCCGAAAUGGCCGGCCGACAGAUUGCGAACGACCACCUGCGCCUCUCCUGGCACGACACCCAGAUGAUGGCCACCCUGAGCCCGCAGAGCGUCAUGGACUACUUCUGCCGCAAGUCGAAUCCCUUCUACGAUCACAUGUGCAACAACGAGACCGUUCGGAUGCAGCGCCUCGGUCCGGAGCACCUGCACAACAUGAUCGGCCUGGAGUACAUCCUCCUCCACGUCGCAGAGCCCAUCCUCUAUGUGAUCCGAAAGCAGCACCGGCACAAUCCCUCGGAGGCGACGCCCAUAGCCGAUUACUACAUCAUCGGCGGCACCGUCUACAAGGCUCCCGAUCUGGCCAACGUCAUUAAUGCUCGAAUACUCAACACCGUGGUGAACCUGCAAUCCGCCUUCGAGGAAGCCAGCAGCUAUGCCCGCUAUCAUCCCAACAAGGGUUACACGUGGGAUUUCUCCUCCAACAAAGUCUUGUCCGACAAAUCCAAGUCGGAUAAGAAGGACGCCAAUGCGGCAAAGGACGAAAACAGCGGCACUCUAUUCCAGAAGCAGCGUGUGGACAUGUUGCUCGCCGAACUGCUGCGCAAAUUUCCCCCACCCAUACCGCCAAUGCUGCAGAAUCUCCAGCAGCCUUUGCCAGCGGGCGAUGAGCUAAACGCCGCUGGUAAUCCCAACUCCGAACUGAACAACGCCACUGGACCGCUGGAUAUCAAAACCGAGGGUGUGGACAUGAAGCCACCGCCCGAAAAGAAGAGCAAGUGAUUAGGUUAAUGUGCAUUUAAACUGGGAGAGAUUAAAGUACAUUUAACUUAGACCUAGACUAGUCUA